AUGGAUGAGGAAAUGAAGGGUGAGAUGAAGACUGAGGGAACAACACCUAUUGCAGCAAUAUCAAAUGAAGAAAAGAGAUUUGAGAUUAAAAAGUGGAAUGCUGUAGCGCUUUGGUCAUGGGAUAUUGUAGUGGAUAAUUGCGCAAUCUGUCGCAAUCAUAUUAUGGAUUUGUGUAUUGAAUGUCAAGCAAAUCAGGCAUCAGCUACUAGUGAAGAAUGCACCGUGGCCUGGGGCGUCUGUAACCAUGCUUUUCACUUUCAUUGUAUUUCACGAUGGCUAAAGACUCGCCAAGUGUGUCCAUUGGACAAUCGUGAGUGGGAAUUCCAGAAAAUUGAAGUGUGGAGUUGCGGAAACAGCAACAGUGUAGUGGUGAUUCAAUGA